GUACGGUAACCGUGGACACAACCAACCGUGCAUCCAUAAUGGGACAGAGCGCUGCUUCAUCACCAGUCAGAAUCACGGCUUCGCUGUCGACCCUGACACUUUGCCCAAAGACUGGGACGUGCUCUUCACAAAUGCUAACGACCACACCAACGAGGGCAUCGUACACAACACAAAGCCUCUGUUCAGUGUUCAGUUCCACCCAGAGCACAUGGCUGGUCCUACAGAUCUGGUCGGCCUGUUUGAUGUCUUCAUUGAAACGGUGAAAGACCAUAAAGAGGGCAACACUGGAAAAUCUGUGAAGCAGCGUCUGAUGGACCACCUCACUUUCACUGGUUCCCCAAAGGCUGAAGGGCAUGUCAGAUCCAAAAAAGUCCUCAUCCUAGGCUCAGGUGGACUGUCCAUCGGCCAAGCUGGAGAGUUUGAUUACUCCGGCUCGCAG